AGCGUCUGAUUGGGUUAUGUUGUUCGGGGUGAGAGGUCGCUGUUGCCCGGAUGUUGUGGGGACCAGAUAGCUUCAAAUGGCUUCAAGUUCAGAGAAAAUACCUGGGACUGAAGAUGAGGCAAGUAAUAAGACACUGGAACGCUGUCUUAAGGUUCUACAGGAUGCAAAAAAUGAUAGUGAACAGUUUGCAGCACUUUUACUGGUGACCAAAGUGGUGAAGGCAGGUGAAACUGAUGCAGGAACUCGACGACGGAUAUUUGAUGCUAUUGGAUUCUCUUUCCCAAACCGACUUCUCGUCACCAAGGAAUCACCAAGUGGUUGUCCCAAUCAAAUUUUCCGAGCUCUGGGCAUGACUCUUUUUGCAUGUUUUUCCACAAAUCCAGAAAUGGUUUCUCACCCUCAAAUGUUCAACAAGAUUCCCAUUUUCAAUGAAAUUGUCAGUUCACUAAUGGAACCUGGAUCAGAUAUUACCACCUUCACAUCAAUGAUUGAUGAUUCUUACCAAUGUCUUCAGGCACUUUCUGCCUGUUCUGAAGGACAAAGGCAAUUAGUAACUCAAGGAACAGUGUCCGCUUUGUGUAGGGCUUAUCAAAAUCAAUGCCAUGGCUGUGAGAAGGCAUUGUGUCUACUUGUCAAUCUGCUGAAUGCAAUGGGAAAUAUAUGUUGGAACACUUGUAAGCCAGAGCUCUUGAAGGUAUGCAGCAUGCUUAGUGAACAGUUUGCUACAGAAGAAGGUAACCGGAAAUUUGAAUUGUGUAACAUAAUGCAGCAUUUUCUCCCCACCACAUCGACCCUAACAGAGGACCCAAUCUUCACUGCGUGCUUGAAGAACUGCUAUACUGGUCUCUUCAAUAUACUGAACAGUAAAUUGAGUAUCUCACAAAGGGAUCCAGCACUGAAACUUGCUGGACUGUUGUUGGCUGUUUAUGGUUCAGACUGGAUUCUGGCAGGAAAUGCUGAAACAAGAAGAAAAUUCUUGUCAUUGAUAGUGAACCUGGCCUGUGUGGAGGUUCGGAUUUGUUUAGAAGAUCCUGGUCUAGAGGCAACUUACUCUAAACCAGAUGUCAUCACAGCAUGUUACAGUAUAAUUGAGUUUGGGAUGAUGGUUUGCGUACUUGGCGAUAAAGUCCAUCUAACAGAAGCUGAAAGUAGACAAUUAGUAAAAAUAAUGGUGGAGGCCUUUGGAGCGAUCAUUGGCUAUCUUAAGCAGGUGAAAGAAGAACAGCUGAGAGACCCAUUUUUGUUUGCCUCAGUCAGAGUCUUGAGUGCAUGGAUGGCCGAAGAGACUUCUACACUAAAGCAAGAAAUCUGUGAAGUGCUGCCUUUUCUGAUUCAUUAUGCUGAGGUGCUAUUUGAAUAUCCAAUUAGAUCAGAUAACAUGGACAGUGAAGUAAAAGAGCUGUCCCUGACUGAUAGUUCUGAGGCAAAAACCUGGUCAAAAGAUGCUUUGAGGUUCUUAUUACCUGGAUUUUGUCACCUUUCAGCUGAGGAUGCUCCUCGGAGAAUCUUAAUUUCACAUGGAUUUCAUGUUUUGCUUCUCCGUUAUUUUACACAACAGUGGGAAGUCUUCAAUUCUUGGCAGAAUGCACCACUUUCACCAGAUGAUGCAGAGAUGAAUCUCCAAACGGCCUGUGGAGUUUUCCUAAAUCUUGCAGUGACUGAGCCUGCACUGAUCAGGCAGGAAGAAUGCUUCUCAUCUUUACUUAAUUUGUUACUGGAAUCUUUGCAGUCAAUGCUUUGCAGCCAACAUUACCUGAUUCUUGCUGCCAAUUUCACCACUUUGGGAUUAAUGAUUAGCCGCAUAUUGGCUGACACUCCAGUGCUUCAGGGAAAUCCAGCAUCCCGGGAAUUUUUCCGAGCAGCAAUUCACUUUCUUUCAAAAGCACACACAACCCAAAAUGAAGAGCCAGAUCAAAAAACACGGAUUGUCCUGACUGAGAGAUACCAGGAAAUUUGGGAUCAAAUCUCUGAGCUUUGGUUUCUAGGAAUGCAAGCUUUUAGUAGUUGCAUACCUUUGUUGCCAUGGUUACCACAAAGUAUAAUUGAAUCAGAAUGGUUGAAUGAAAUUUUUGAUUUGCUAACUCAGGCUUCUCCUAUGACUGUAGAGUUUGACCUUAUUACUGCCUUUCAAUGUGUUUUAGCUGAGCUAGCAAAGAACAACAAGUCAUGCAAAGACUCGAUGUUACUGAAGAAUGGUGUGGAGAAAGCAAGCCUGUAUGGAAUGUCUAUUUUGGAACAGGUUCUCUGUGAAAAUUAGAGAAGGCCAACCUUGCUCUCCUGAUUAUUUACCAGAUUAAGCCACCAGUAUAAGGAUCUGAAACUUUAUUGUGCUUCCAGAAGCUGAAAAGGUGUACUUGUGAAGAUUUUUUUCAACUGGUCAUUUGAAUUCUAUGAUUUUAAGUCUUUCUGCUAAUUAAAGUUUUAUCCUUCAAUGUUUUUAUUCACUCAGUGGAACUUAGAUGCAGCAGCUUUGUCCUGGCACAUUUUUGCAACUGGGAAAUCUCAUGAUUUGUUUUCUUGCAUUCAUUCAUUUUUGUCCUUGGUUGCAAAAGUUUUAGUUGUGAUAAGUUAAAAUUUAAUACGUAUGUCUGGAAGAUAUCUUGUCAUCUACAGCAUAUAAUUAAAAAGUAAAUUUGUUACAAAAAUUGUGAAUCAUAAGCAUUAUUGCAUAAUAUAAAAACAAUUAUAGCGUGCUUAUAAUGUCAAACACCAAUGUGAAUGACUGUUAAAUUAGUUGUACUGCCAUAUUUUGGAAUAAUAAUCUAAGCUGGUUUGAUAGCCUUAAUUCUGUUCAUAAUGAAAAUGAAUACACAGCAUUGAAGUGCCGGUACAUGGUGUAAUUUCCCUGAAUUAGAUAUUUGCUUGUUAGUGCCCACAAUUUAAAAGCAUGGAUAUGCAAGUUGUUAGGGAAAUGAUGAUCUGGGUUUUGGAAUACAUUAUAUUGCUGGGACAAAAAGCAGAAAACUCUGUCUCAGGGUACAUUUUAUUCAGUACUGAAUGAAAAUGUUAUGCUUUCAAUGCCCUGAUUUUAAUAAGCACAAAAAUAUCCACAAAAUUAUAAAGAGAUCUUUAAUGGUGUCUCUUAGUUCAUUCAGAUCUUAUCAAUCUCUUGAUUAAAUGUGUAAGCUUAUGUGCAAUAGUUCUACCACUAUUAAAAUCUGUAUUUUCCCCAAAUGCAAAAUUGUCCAACAUUUUUUAUAUAGAUAUUGCUGUGAUUGUCUUUUGGCUAAUUCAGGUUGAAGCACUGUCUUUUGUGUUUAGCAGUAUGUUGCUAACCAUAAAGUUAAAGGGGUUGUUGGAAAAAGUAGAAUAUAAAUUGUGCAGUAAUAUCUUGACACAAAUAAAAGGUGAUUUUGUUUUACUCUCCCUGCAAAUACAUAUCCAGAAACAAUGAAGUAAAGUCUAGAUCUAUCCAUGUGAAGCAAAGUCUUUUCAAAUUGAAUCACCAAAACCCCAAAUGUUUUCAGGUCAGCUCAGUCUGAGUUUUCACAGGCUUCAUUCCCACCUUGUGAAACUUGCUGUUCCAGUUUUUGACACGAUACUGUGACUCAAAUCCAUUAAUGUUCAAAAUUCCUCAUGUGGUUUAUUCCUUUUGAGUCAGUCUACUUAUGUUGUUUGAGAGUCCAAAGUAUGGAAAGUCAGCUGGCUGAACGUUGUGAUGAACAAUCAUCACCACUGCCCCUCCCCCAAUUCAAGAGGCAGAACUGAGGUGGAGAUGGCACCACAUUUCCUCCCCUCCCAACUAAUUUGCUGUCUCCCCUCUUUCUCCAAAUACCAGCUACAUUCUUCCUCCAUCUCACAAUGUCAACCUUACCUGCAACCCCUGGCUCAAAGCCCUUUUCAGCCCCUGUGCUAAGACCCUCUGUAAAGGCCAACUCACCAUUACAGGUCUUCCCAGGCUUAUAAAUGCCUGACUUUUGUACAGCCGGUACGUACAAACAUACAACAUCUGGGGGAGUGAUGGUACAGAUUUGCCGUUGUUGCGAGGCUACAAGCAUGUUUUACCACCUGGGAACUCAGUUUGUGGUUGCAUUUCCGCCUUGUGAACUGUUCAGGCUACGAGCAGUUCACAGGAACGGAGACACAUUUUCCUCCAUAGAUGCUGCCUGACCUGAGUUCCUCCAGUA